CUGAGUAGGAAAAUGGCCGUUCAUGUGCCGGAACCAACCCUUUCCACAGCAGGAAACAGCAAGAAAGGAAUAUCACUGGUAUUUGAUCUGAUAAAGCAGAGUUAUUUGCUUCUUUGAAAAGAAUUAACUGGAUGAAAAAAAGAAUCUUCAAUAAGAUUAAUCCCAGGGCAGAAAGAUGCCAAAUUUUUCUUUUUCAACGGCACAUAAUUUCCUCCGUUUCACCCCUGAAUCUUUGGAUUCAGUUAGAAAGAGAAUUGCUGAGAAGGAAGCCAGUCGCUCCAAAGCCUCGGAAAAGGACAACAAUGAAACACAAGAAGAAAAUAUUCGACCGCAGCUCGAUCUGAAAGUUUUAAAAAAACUGCCUAUUCUUUAUGGGAAGCCCCCUCCUUGGCUCAUCGGAGAACCGUUGGAAGAUGUUGACCCCUAUUAUAGGGAUCACGAGACGUUUAUGGUGCUAUCAUCCCGAAGCAGAAUCUUUCGAUUUACAGCCUCUAAAUCUUUAUUCUUAUUUAGUCCUUUCCACCCACUAAGAAGACUAGCCAUAAAAAUUUUAAUACAUGUUAUGUUUAUUGCAUUUAUAACAUGUGUUGUUCUCGUCAACUGUGUUUUUAUGGCUUUAAACACUCCUCCAACUGAUGGCAACACUACUGAAAUUAUUUUCACCAGCAUUUAUACGGCAGAAUUUGUAAUCAAAGUGGUAGCAAGAGGAUUUGUUUUUAAUGAAUUCACUUACCUGCGAGAUCCUUGGAAUGUCUUGGAUUUCUUUGUUUUAAUUAUGACAUAUGUAGCUUUCAGUCAAAACUUUGGCAGCAUUUCAGCUCUCCGAAUUUUCAGGAUUCUGAGAACUUUAAAGGCAGUUUCUGUAAUUCCAGGCUUGAAAGUCAUUAUAUCUUCCCUUCUUCAGUCGGUGAAAAAACUUGCAAAUGUGAUGUUGCUGACGGUUUUCUUCUUGGCCGUGUUUGCAUUGGUUGGUCUUCAGCUCUUCAUGGGUAACUUAAGAUAUAUUUGUGUUCCCUGUUCGCUUCUUACUGAAAACGUCAACAAAUCUGAUUGUUUAUUAAAGGCUACAGAAUGGGAAGAAUCCAAAUUUGAAUUUCCUCCCAGCCUGAAAGAAGCUAUCAAAAAGCACCUGACUUGGCAGUGCUGUUCGCUGUGGUUGCAAAUAAAGAAUAUAUUGAAGAAAAUAAUGAUGAAUCCUUUAAUGGAACUAUUUAUUACACUGUGCAUUAUAACAAAUACCAUGCUGAUGGCAUUGGAAAAACUUUCAUUAUCAUCAGAACAGUUCUGAUGUAUUUUCUUGCAGGUGUUCACUGCCAUUUUCACGGCUGAAAUGGUCCUCAAGAUGGUUGCCCUGGAUCCGUAUUACUACUUUCAGUGCUCCUGGAAUGUGUUUGACUUCACUGUGGUUAUUAUAGGCAUAAUAAACCUGUUGCUGAGCAAGCGGGCGCCAAUUUUCAGAACGCUGAGAAUCUUCAAACUUUCAAAAUUUUGGCCGGCUUUAAAUAAGCUGAUGAAAAUAAUGUUGAAAUCAGUAGGCCCUCUGGGUAACCUCACCCUUGUUCUGAUAUUCACUGUAUUCAUUUUUGCUGUGGUUGGGAAGCAAGCCUUUGGGAAUUAUUACAGCACGGUCGCUGCUAACGCUAGCAUCUGCAACAACGACGGUGUGCCGAAUUGUGCUUCCAGUAAUAGUUCUGAGACAUGCCAGUUGCGUUGGCAUAUGAAGGAUUUUUUGCAUUCAUUUCUUAUUAUAUUCCGAAUUCUGUGCGGAGAAUGGAUUUCCACCAUGUGGGAAUGCAUGCAGGUUGCCGGAGAAGGACGAUGCAUAAUUCUGUUCAUGCUGGUCCUGGUUAUAGGAAACCUGGUGGUCCUCAACCUCUUUAUCGCUCUGCUGCUGAGUUCCUUCAGUAGCAGUGAUUCCGAAACAGAGGCAGAUAACCACAAACCUGAGCCUGGAAAGGCUUUAGCACUUAUUCAGAGCGGGCUGCGAUUUGUCAGACUUUUCCUGAGGGACUGGUGUUGCCAUGUCUUCCUGAAGAAGCUGAGGGUGACAGGCACAAAGAAAAAGAAUGAGACCACCAUCAUUGAAAGGUCCUGUGAUGCUGAACCCACGAAAGAGAUCUCAGUGAACUUCGCCAGCAAGGAAUCCUUCGGGAAUUGGGAUAAACUUCCGUGGGAUAGAAAGCAAGAAGACUUGGUGACAGAUUACAGGGAGAUUCCCACUAUUCCCCUCGCUGAACUGGAGACAUUAAGCGUUGAGGAAAUUGACCUCAGUACCCUGGAGAACAAUCUGCGAAAGAGGAAAGAAAUACCGGUAUACCAAGGCCAAAAUCGAAGACUCUCUUCUCAAGUUUCUGAAACUACAAGUAUUUGGUCUUUGGAUGUUCCCAAGAGAUCAGAUUGUGAUUCGAGCUGUUCAGAUACCAGCACGGUGGAUCAGAGAUCUCCUAUCCAUCAUGUGCCUGAAGUCAAGAAGGAACCUCAGGACUGUUUCCCACAAGUCUUCAUGAAAUUGUUUCCAUGCUGCAGAGUGAAUACAGAUACAUUUCCAGGCAACACUUGGUGGAGAGUUAGAAAAACCUGCUACAAAAUCAUAAAACAUAAUUGGUUUGAAUCCUUUAUUAUAUUCAUGAUAUUACUGAGUAGUGGUGCUCUGAUCUUUGAAGAUAUUUACCUCGAUAGAAGAAAGAUCAUAAAAAACAUUCUUGACUAUGCCGAUGUAUUCUUUUUCUGUAUCUUUUUCUUGGAGAUGCUUCUCAAAUGGGUGGCCUAUGGCUUUAGAAAAUAUUUUACUGACGGCUGGUGUAUUCUUGAUUUCUUUAUUGUUUCUUUUCCUAUGGCAAGAGGUGUAUCAAAGACAAGACAGUGUGACAGCAAUAUCUCCACAAAAUCUCUAAGAACAUUGAGGGCCCUUAGACCUCUCCGAGCACUGUCUAGAUUUAAAGGAAUAAAGGUUGUUGUGAAUGCCCUGGCCGGAGCUAUCCCUUCCAUUGGAAAUGUGCUUCUUGUCUGCAUUGUACUAUGGCUCCCAUUUAACAUCUUAGGAGUGCAACUGUUUGGAGGGAAAUUUUCAUGUUGGAACGUUGAAAACAAGAAUAGUUGUAUUAAUAAGACAAUCAACUUUGAUCAUGUUGGGAAUGGCUAUCUGGCUCUCCUUCAAGUGGCAACAUUUAAAGGCUGGAUGGAUAUUAUGUAUGCUGCAGUAGAUUCAGCUAAUGAUAAUUCCACCCAGCCAUGUUUUGAAAACAACAUAUAUGCAUACAUUUACUUUGUGGUUUUUAUUAUAUUUGGAUCCUUCUUCAUGCUGAACCUCUUCAUUGGUGUAGUUAUCGACAAUUUCAACCAGCAAAGAAAAAAGAUAAGUGGAGAACUCAUCUUUUUGUCAGAGGAUCAAAAGAAAUAUUAUAAUGCACUAAAAAAGCUUGGUAGCAAGAAACCACAUAAAACUAUUCCACGACCUCUGAACCAGUUCCAAGGAUUUCUUUUUGAUAUCGUAAACAAGCAAGCAUUCGAACUGUUCAUUAUCAGUCUUAUCUUCUUAAAUGUGGUGGUCAUGGCAGUGGAAUAUGAAGGUCAAGAUGUGGCUGCUGACCAACUUCUUGAAAAGAUCAACUGUGUCUUUGUUGCCCUCUUCACUGGCGAGUGUGUAAUGAAACUGUUGGCUCUGAGGCUUUAUUUCUUCAAAGACUCCUGGAACAUAUUUGAUUUGGUGGUUGUCAUUCUUUCAAUCAUUAGCCUUGCAGCAACCCAGCUUUGGCGACAUCUCAAUUUCCCGCCGACCAUCUUGCGUGUCAUUCGUGUGAUCCGUAUCAGUCGCCUCCUGAGGCUGAUCCGAGGCGCGAGAGGACUGCGCACCCUGCUUUUCGCCCUGCUGAUGUCCCUUCCCGCUCUCACCAACAUUGGGCUCCUCCUCUUCCUGAUCAUGUUCAUUUACGCUAUAUUUGGCAUGGCUAAUUUCUCCUGCGCAAGUUGGCGCCAGGGGAUCGACGACAUUUUCAACUUCCAGACGUUCGGCAACAGCAUGCUUUGCCUCUUCCAGAUAACAACGUCUGCCGGCUGGGAUGAGCUUCUGGGGCCGAUGCUCCUCCAUCAGGACAACUAUAUGUGUGCUCCGAACAUCAACUCCAACCCACAGAAGAGCCCCUGCGUCAACAGCAAGGUGGCCAUUGCCUAUUUUGUCAGCUACAUCAUUAUUUCAUUUCUGAUUGUAGUCAACAUGUACAUUGCUGUCAUCAUUGAGAAUUUGAACAUUGCCACCGAAGAGAGCACAGAACCACUAGGCGAUGAUGACUUUGAAAUCUUUUAUGAGAUCUGGGCAAAAUUUGACCCCACAGCCACCCAAUUUAUCUCUUACUCAGCACUGUCCAAGUUUGCAGAUGCCCUGGCAGAACCUUUACGAAUACCAAAACCAAAUAGCCAGCAGUUGUUGUCCAUGGACCUUCCGAUAGUCAAUGGGAAUAAAAUCCACUGUUUGGAUAUUUUGUUUGCUUUUACCAAAAGGGUGCUGGGAGAAUCUGGAGAAAUGGACUCGUUUGAGUCCCAAAUAGAAGAAAAAUAUCCGGAGAAGAUUGCUUAUGAGCCGAUCGUGACAACUCCCAAGAGAAAGCAGGAUGAGUCUGCCAUCAUAAUUCAAAGAGCUUUUCGGAUGCAUCUCCUUCAGAGUGCAGGAAAGGAGGCGCCUCAGGAACCCUUUGUGACUAUCUCCUUGGAGAAUAUUCCAGAAGAGGAAAACUUAUCUGUGUUCGGCCUGAGUGAAAAUGAAGGCAGCCAGUCCAGUAAUUCUCAGAGCUUGUCUUCGGUGGUCAUUCCUCCAUCCUAUAGUAAUGUGACUAGCAUCGUUCCUGACAUUCAACAGGAGGAGUCUUCUGGCCAUCAGGAUGAUACAGAGUGA